CUCUCAUAAAUAGUCAUAAACUAAAGUCCUCCUAGAAUAACUUCUGAUAACUUAAUUUCAUUUUUUAAACCUAAAGUCCUCUUACUUGCUCUCUCUCGUCUCUUUUCUACUUAACUCUGCUGCAACAAGAAGGAACAAUAGAAAACGAUAAUUGAUCGUCUUUCCUUCGAAGGGUUUGUGAAAAUUCAAUCGCGUGGGUACGAAAAAGAGCAAAAGAAGGAAGGAUGAUUGAGGUAGUAUUGAACGACAGAUUGGGGAAGAAAGUACGCGUAAAGUGCAACGAAGAUGACACCAUUGGUGACCUGAAGAAGCUUGUUGCUGCUCAAACUGGUACUCGCUCUGAUAAGAUUCGAAUUCAAAAGUGGUACAACAUUUACAAGGAUCACAUCACUCUUCGAGACUACGAGAUUCACGAUGGCAUGGGCCUCGAACUCUACUACAACUAAGCCUACAUAGUUGCUAAGCAUGGACACCCAGCUUUACUAGUUAUGUAACCGAAGUAUGUGAAGGUACCGCUUUAGUUAGCAAAUAAAGAAAUUGCCAGACCUUUUGUCUCGAGUGCUGAGUGACUGAAAUGCAUUCUAAGACUUGUAAUUGUCUAAAUCAUGUAAUGUAAUUAUUCGGUACUACUUGCUAAUAUGGCUAUUUAUUUGCUUUUCACUCUACUAAGGAGAAAUAUUUCUUGUAUGAGCAAUGUUAGUUGCUGUUACGCGUGUCUUGUUAGUUCUACAAAUCGAUACUAUAAAGAUUAGACCUUUGCAUU